CUUUCUUUCUCUAUAGAUAGACACAUGAAUGGUGAGAGAGAAGUGUCUUCGUAUAUGUUGUGUGCCUGCUCCGUCUCUUUCUAUCUUUCAGCCUUUUGUCUUCACCUUCUCAUUUACACCACCUGCACCAAAUAAGCUCUUAAAUUAAAAACACACAAACCCCAUAAUUACCGGGCCUUAGAAAAAGGAACUUGUUCACUCGUGUCACCUAAUAACCUCUCUUUCUUCACAUUAACAGCACUCAGAGAGAGAUAGAGAGAAUGGGUGUGGAUUUGAGACAGGUGGUUGCUGGGGUGCUGACUCUAACUAUGUUUGUAAUGCUUGGUAACAUGAUCAAGAGAGACCAUUUUGAUUCUGUCGAGGGGAAAUUUCCAGGAGCUAGGGACGUCGAGUUUGAUGGUGAGAAGGUUUCAGAGCAGGGUCUUGUGACAUUUUCGAAAAAGAGUACAAAUGGGCCAUGGGUAGAGGGUGGCCUAGAGCUAAAACCAUGUUGGAAAGAGUCAAAUUUUGAUGAUGUAGAGUCGAAAGGGUUUGUCACUUUCUCAUUAACUAAUGGUCCUGAGUACCAUGUCUCACAGAUUGCUGAUGCAGUUGUAGUAGCAAGAUAUAUUGGAGCAACUCUUGUACUUCCUGACAUUAGGGGGAACAAACCAGGAGAUGAAAGGAAGUUUGAAGAAAUAUAUGAUGUUGAGAAAUUUGUUAAAAGCCUAGUCGGGGUAGUCAAAGUAGUUAAACGUCUGCCUGAGGAUGUAUCAAUUCGAGAUUUUGCUGUUGUCAAGGUCCCUAAUCGAGUUUCAGAGGAUCACAUUGCUGAGCAAAUUGAACCAGUCUUUAGAACAAAUAGCAACGUAAGACUGGCUACAUUCUUCCCUUCAGUAAAUAUGAGAAAGACCACAAAAACAAGUGCCAGUGAUUCAGUUGCAUGUUUGGCAAUGUUUGGAACUUUAGAGUUGCAGCCAGAGGUUAAUGAAGUGGUUGACUCCAUGAUUGAGCGACUAAGAACAUUGAGUCGCAAAUCUGAUGGGCGAUUUAUUGCUGUUGACUUGAGAGUUGAGAUAUUGGACAAGAAAGGUUGCCAUGGAAGCAGUGCAACUGGAACAAAGAGUUGUUUUAGUGCACAGGAGAUUGCCAUAUUUUUGAGGAAGAUUGGAUUUGGCAAGGAUACCACAAUCUACCUCACUCAGCCAAGAUGGGAUGAAAGCCUUGAUGUUCUGAAAGAUAUAUUCCCAAAAACUUAUACAAAGGAAAGCAUAUUGCCUGCAGAUAAGAAGGCAAAAUUCCUUGAAUCUGAAGAUUCAGAGUUUGAGAAGGUUAUUGACUUCUACAUGUGUUCUCAAAGUGAUGUCUUUGUACCAGCCAUCUCAGGCCUAUUCUAUGCCAACGUAGCUGGUAAGAGAAUAGCAUCCGGUAAGACUCAAAUACUUGUUCCGGCCGACAUUCCUGGCACCUCUUCCUCUGUUACCAACCAUUUCUCCCCCUAUAUCUCCAAGAAGAACCACAUGGCACAUUCCUGUUUUUGCUAGUAAUCAAUGCCAAAAACCCUGAAGAGAGCACAAUGCAGCUUUUGUUGUAGUCUUCAAUAAUAGUUCUUACUUUCUCCAUUGCUUCAGUCAAGCCUUUCUAGUAAGCAGAUGAACAUUUGAGUUACAUCAUCCACACUUCUAUUUAGGAGUGAAAGCACCCCAAAACAGAAGUUUACUGUUUUCAUAUGAUUUUUUAAAGAUGGUUCUAUAUAAAUAGGACAGGUAGUUUUGUGAGUUAUGUUCAAGAAUUUGUUUGAUGUUUUGUAAAACUUUGAAGUAUAAGUUGUUUAUUGUAAAAUCAGUUUGCAUUU